AUGGCGCAAGCCAGUAACAUUGAGACUACGGUCGCACUGCCGCGACUUGAAGACCUCCUGCGGCACCCGGAGGAUCUAGACAAGAUCAGCGGGCUUAAAGCGGAAUACCUACGGAAGAAGGCGGCAGUUGAUUCACGAUUGCGUGAAGGUCUGCGAGACCAGCUGGAGGCCGUGCAACGCAGCAUUGGUGCUCUAACUGAGGGCCAGCGACAAGUCUCGAAAACGAAAGACGAGCUUCAAGGGAUCGACAAGCUGUGCGCCGAGUCGCAGGAUAGCGUGGAGGACUUUGCGCAGAUUGACCAACUUGCGCGGAUCCAACGACAUUUCGACGCUACACUUAUGAUGAAACGGGGGCUGGAGAAUUUCGACGCGGAUAUCCAGGAAGUCGAGGAUUUGCUCAAAGACGAUGAUGACGAUAUGGAGAACCAGCCUAAUAUUCUGCGUGCUCAUAUGCAGAUCUCGCGGUUAAGGGAUUUCCGCGAUGAGGCUAUGGACCAGAUUCGAAAGGCGAAGGAUCCGAGCUCUGAAGAGACUCUGGCAGAGUACUUUAACAGGUUGGAUUCCGUUAUUGAGUGGUUUGAUGACCACCUUGGCACGGCUUGCAUGAACCUCAUUCCCCUGGUGCAGGCAGAUAACAAGAGCAUGGUUGUGCGUCUCGCUGUUGUUGUAUUGAACGAGGAGAAAAUGAUGAUACGUCGUUUCAAGUCCAUGAACAUUGGUCCCAAGACUGUGCGGGGUUACAAAGACAAAUUCAUCCAAGCUAUCGAGCUUUACGCCCAGGGCCAAUUCGAAGAGACCCUCGAACAAUUCCUUGCAGAUCCAGAGAACCUGGAAAAGAAAUUCCGGUGGUACUUCAAUGAUCUAUUCACGGUCAAGCAAGGCAUGCAGAGCCUUGUCCCGAAGAAAUGGAAGAUAUUCAAAACAUAUACCGAUAUCUAUCAUCAGAUGAUGCAUGACUUCCUGCUCAGCUUGAUCGACGAUACCGAGCUUCCAGCCGAUAAUCUGCUCAGUAUCAUCCACUGGAGCGACAAGUACUAUAAGAAAAUGAAGAAGCUGGGCUGGGCAUCAACAGAACUCCAACCCAACGUUCUCGACGACCGCGAGCCAGAACUAGUCCGAAAGUGGCAGGCCGUCAUCAUCAACGCCGUCGAAGAAUGGAUGGACCGCAUUUUCAACGCGGACAAAAAGUCCCUCGUGGAACGUGCCGCAGAUGCCCUGGACAACAAUGCAGAAGGCCACUUCCGCACCAAGACAUUGGCUGACAUGUGGCGCAUGCUCCACGAACAAGUCAUGGCAUCAGGGGCAUCAGACCGCGCAGACCUGGUAGAAGGCGUCAUCGACGCUAUGUUCCGUGCCCUGAAGAACCGGCAGACUGCAUGGCAGGCACUUGUGGACGAAGAAUGCGCAAAGCACCAAGUAGAAGGCGCGGACCAAGAAGGCGUACAGCUGUUACAAGACUGGCUGAUUGGCAUAGCCAACGACCAGAUCUCCUGCAUCGACGACAACGAGGAGGGCAACCAGUUCGGCUACCUGACGCGGUUCAAAUCCGAUUUCGAGCCUAUGGUCACACCAAAGUACAUGGGCACCACGGCGACCAUCGAGCUGGAUUCACUGCGCGAUGGAUACGUGGAUCUGAGCACGCACUGCCUGGCGCAGUUCGUGAGCCUUGUCUUCUGGGUCGAUCUGGACACCGUGCUACCAGACUUCUACACGUCCCGCUGGUACGGUGAAUUCGCCAUGAAGCGUAUUACUUCCACCUUUGAAGACUACAUGGCAGACUACUCCUCCGUGCUGCACCCAUCCCUGGCCGAGAUCCUGGUCGAGGAACUAUCGGACGAGCUGCUGGUGCGGUACCUGUCUGCAGUGCGCAACAAGGGUGUUAAAUUCCGCCGUAACGUCGACCCCUUCACAGACAAGUUCAAGGACGACGUCCUUACUGUCUUUGCGUUCUUCGAGAAUUACCCUGACUCAUUUCAGGGUACUAUCAAGCAGAAGUGGCGCCUGGUUGAUUGGCUUGUUCGUCUCCUUACUACUGAAAAGGGCCCCGCGCUUGUGGAGGUUUACGAAGCAUUCAAGCUUGAGUACUGGGAUCUGCAGCUUUCGUGGGUUGAGGCUGUGCUGCGCACCCGUGAUGAUUUCGAGCGCAGCAUGCUUACCGCCAUCAAGGCUAAGGCUGCAGAGUUGUCUGUUGAACGGGGACAGGAGACCAUCAUGAGUCGGUUGAGAUGA